CAACUGGUUCGGUAUUUACCUAGAAUCAAAACAUAUACGAGACAGACAUCCCUCUUGGUGUCCUCAUGUUGCCAAAACUUUAUCGGUGAGCUCACCAAUUGUAAUCUUACAAUCGUCAAUUGGCUUCGGCAAUCGACCGGUCUAGCAACAUGAAGCCGGACGAGGUGAAGAUACUCAUGAUUCCCCCGCCGGGACCUUCAAUUGCUCCCAAAGGGUUCCCCGCGGAUCCAUUUCCACAAGCUGGCCCAAAGGUCUUUCUCGACGCCAUGCAUGUCCGGGUCAAGGUAUUCUGCGAUGAGCAGAAAUGUCCGGUGGAGGAAGAAUUGGACGACGAUGAUGCUAGAUCAUGGCAUUUUGUGGCUUACGGAGCAGAUGGGGGAGAUCAAGAGGUACCUCUGUCCGUGAUCAGAAUUGUGCCGUUCCCUCAUGCACCCCAUCCAAAUGGCUACGAGGACCCGGAAGAGGAACCAUAUUUCAAGCUAGGACGAGUGGCGACAAUGGCCAGUGCACGGGGUAAAGGACUGAGUCGAAAGUUGACCGAGGAAGCAUGCCGAUGGCUUGCUGAAAGGCAUCAUGAUCUACCCGGCGGCUGGAAUGGUCUACUACUUGCGCAUGCCCAAGUUGACGUGGAACCUAUGUACCGGAAACUUGGCUUUGUCACAGACCCCAACCUCGGCCGAUGGGAUGAAGUGGGCAUUGAGCAUCUGGGAAUGUGGAAGAGGAUAGAACUGGGAAAAUCGUGAAGGAAUAUAUAAGAGGAAGGGGAAAGUCUUUCUUGAGUUGCCAAACUCCUGGCGGGUUUGACACGCCUCGUUAUGAGACAACUGCAAGUAUCGACCUGAGUCGUCUUGACACGGUGAUUUACGUGAUUGAAGUGGCUUUUGUCCAGCCUUUGCGAGCUUUCCGAUGAUGUGAGACGUCUUUGCUGAGUGGAUAUCUGGUGCUAGAUGGCCCAAAAUCCAUGCACGGCGGUCAGGAUAGAAAAGGUCUGUUGCAAAGGGUGGUUCUUUCGUCUCUGAUUUUUCAUUGAGGUUGCCC